CGCUUCCUUACUGUCUCCGCCUGCGCUGCCGCCACCUCUGCCUCUGCUUGGGGCCCGGCUCCGCUCCUCCUCCUUCUCCGCCUUCUUUCCUGAGCGCUGCCCGGCCGGCCGCCAUGGCGAACGUGGCCGACACGAAACUGUACGACAUCCUGGGCGUCCCGCCUGGCGCCAGCGAGAACGAGCUGAAGAAGGCAUACAGAAAGUUAGCCAAAGAAUACCAUCCUGAUAAGAAUCCAAAUGCUGGUGACAAAUUCAAAGAAAUAAGUUUUGCAUAUGAAGUACUAUCAAAUCCUGAGAAGCGCGAACUAUAUGACAGAUAUGGAGAACAAGGUCUUCGGGAAGGUAGCGGUGGAGGUGGUGGCAUGGAUGAUAUUUUCUCUCACAUCUUUGGUGGAGGAUUAUUUAGCUUCAUGGGUAAUCAGAGCAGAAGUCGAAAUGGCAGAAGAAGAGGAGAAGACAUGAUGCAUCCACUCAAAGUAUCUUUAGAAGACCUGUAUAAUGGCAAGACAACCAAACUACAGCUUAGCAAGAAUGUACUCUGUAGUGCAUGCAGUGGCCAAGGUGGGAAGUCUGGAGCUGUUCAGAAGUGUAGUGCUUGUCGGGGUCGAGGUGUCCGCAUCAUGAUCAGACAGCUGGCUCCAGGGAUGGUGCAGCAGAUGCAGUCUGUGUGUUCCGACUGUAAUGGAGAAGGAGAGGUAAUUAAUGAAAAGGACCGCUGUAAAAAAUGUGAAGGGAAGAAAGUGAUUAAAGAAGUCAAGAUUCUUGAAGUCCAUGUAGACAAAGGCAUGAAACAUGGACAGAGAAUUACAUUUACUGGGGAAGCAGACCAGGCCCCAGGAGUGGAACCAGGAGACAUUGUUCUUUUGCUACAAGAAAAAGAACAUGAGGUGUUCCAGAGAGAUGGGAAUGAUUUGCACAUGACAUAUAAGAUAGGACUUGUUGAAGCUCUUUGUGGGUUUCAGUUCACAUUUAAGCACCUUGAUGGACGUCAGAUUGUGGUGAAAUACCCCCCUGGCAAAGUAAUUGAGCCAGGAUGUGUUCGUGUAGUUCGAGGUGAAGGAAUGCCACAAUAUCGUAAUCCCUUUGAAAAAGGUGAUCUUUACAUAAAGUUUGAUGUGCAGUUUCCUGAAAACAACUGGAUCAACCCGGAUAAACUUUCUGAAUUAGAAGAUCUUCUGCCAUCUAGACCAGAAGUUCCAAAUAUUAUUGGAGACACUGAGGAGGUAGAGCUUCAAGAAUUUGAUAGCACUCGGGGCUCAGGAGGCGGCCAGAGGCGUGAAGCCUAUAAUGAUAGCUCUGAUGAAGAAAGCAGCAGCCAUCAUGGACCAGGAGUGCAGUGUGCCCAUCAGUAAACUGCACAGAUUGCACAGGUGGCUUUUCUUUCCACAUUGGCCUGGUUUGUUUUCUGCAAUCCAGCUGGAGGGUCUGGUCAGCCCAGAUGAACUGAUGGACAUCUGUUGGUCUAUGUGUAACUUUUAAAAUUGGUAUAGUAUCUACAGAGUGUAUAAUUUAAACUAACCACAAAGCUUUACAUCUUCAUUUCGACUGUUCUAUAGCAGAAUAAAGCACUUGAAAGGAAACAAGACUCCCUUUCACACAUGGGUUAUAAGUUUCAGUCCUGAUAUCUGUGCUUGAUUUUUAUCAGUUUUGUGUAGAUUUUAUGUUUCAUAUUUUAAAUUCAAUUCCCACAUUGUAAAGUUUGUGUACAGUUUGUCCUGAAGCUUUGUGUUUGGCUGCACCUGCAUAAGCUGCUACAAAUAGAAUAAAGAAUCUCAUAGCCUGUG